ACGGAUCCCAAAAAAAGGGGGAGGCGCGUUGGGUUGCAGACGCGACGCAGGCUUGGGAGACAGGCAUGGUGUAUUUCCACAUGCUAAUGCUUCCGCACGACCCCACUUGCACGAUCAUGACCAGUGGAGUGAUGCCAACGUCAACCUGGCAGGAAGAGCGCAGCACAAUAAGUGUCAAGCCCAGAGUUGGAAUCAGGGUGUGUGGAUGGAGAUCAGGUGUGGAAGGAACUUCAUCCAUCGGAAUCCAGCUUUUAUGAAGCAGUGGAUAUGGCGAGAGGCCUUGUUGGCUCCUUGACUUCAGACGCCACUAUCUGAUCGCUCUCAUGCCGGCAGGCAUCAUGUGCUGUUCUUCUUCUGCUUCUUUGUUACCACGUCCGAUCAAGUCAAGUGAGAUCUAAUCAAAGCAGUCACAGCACAAUGAGACCAGGCAAGGGCCAUCAAUUCAGCAGAUGAGUCCGGGUUGCACAAAUGGCUGCUGUCCAGUCUAUGGUUUGACUUGGGCGGGCCAUUUUCCUGUCCUCACGCAUCUGAUCUGACCGAUCUGACGGACUCUGAAAGCAAAUCGAUAGCCGCAGAAAAAAAGGGGGAUCGGGGAAGGACUGACGGAGGGUUUGGCAUCUGCGUAUUGGGGGGGGAAGACUGUGACGCGGCGUGGCGUGACUGGACUUUUGCGCACGCCGUGAGGGGUCAAUGACAAUGGCUCAUGAAGAUCGUUCUCUUGAGAGCCAUGAUUAUUUUAGAUCGAAGGACUUCUGGGACACAUUCUUCGUGAAGAGAAAAGAAAAGCCGUUUGAGUGGUAUGGGGAGUGGCCGGUGCUGAAGGAACUGAUUUCAAAGACAUGCAAGGCUGGUGACGAUGGCGAUGACAUUCUGGCAGUGGGUUGUGGCAAUUCCGAGCUGUCGGCAGAGAUGUAUGAUCAUGGCUUGACAAAGAUCACAAACAUUGAUUUCUCCAAAGUCUGCAUCAUGCAGAUGCUGACAAAGCAUGUCCGACUGCGGCCAAAGAUGCGCUGGCUUGUCAUGGAUAUGACGAAAAUGCAGUUUGCCGAUGGGUCAUUUGAUGUCGUCAUUGACAAGGGAGGGCUGGAUGCCUUGAUGCCAGAGCAAAGCGAUUCAGCAAGAUCAGCGGGUAAGGCAUUAUUAUCAGAGGUGGGAAGGGUACUCAAGAAGGGGACUGGACGCUAUAUUUGUGUGACUCUGGCACAGACACACGUCCUUGAGGUGCUCCUGGAUCACUUCAAGCUCCACUGGAAAGUGGUGGUUCACAGAGUGCCAGUGUCGGAGGAUGUAUCUGACCUGAAACCCUUCUGUGUAAUUGUGAAUCACCAGCCAAGCAGCUUGUCGGAGGUAGCAGCAAGACAUGUGCCAGAGCCUGUGGAUAUCUCGUUUGACCCAGAUUCGGCUGACGGAAUAGACAGAGAUCAGCUUACGUCUUUGUUGGAAACCAUCAGAAAAGCGAAUGAGGAGAGGACACACUACAGCGCGCAAGCAGCAGGGACUGUUGAUUUGGAAAACACCUCAGGGCACGAGCAUGCGGGUGCCCAUGUGCAUUCAGAUGCAUGUAGCCACUCUCAUGACCAUAACCAUAUCCAUUCUCAUGAUCACCAUGGGAACGCUUGUGCGCAUACUCAUGAACAUGGUCAUCACAACCACGAUCAUGAUCAUCAUCACCAUCUUGAUCAUCAUCAUGCUCACCCGCAUGGCGCUGAUCAUGGGCAUGCGCAUGUCCAUGGCCAUGGGUGCUGUGAGCAACCGCACAUGCGAGGGAAGGCAGUUACUCGGCGUUGGCGAGAUCGGGAUGGACCUGAUGUUUUUUGGAGGCUGAAUCCUGGCCGGCGCAUUGUGGCGGAGCUUGGCGGAGAGGAUCCUGAAGCAAAAGAGCAAAUGACCAGAAAUAGUGGAGACAACUCAUCAAGAGUCUCCCGAGGCCGGUUUACUGCUACGGUGUUGGACGCGAAGAAAAGUGGGAUGUCACUUGCACACAGAUGUGCUGUCUUUCUUGUUCCCCAGGGAAGGGAGCAUGAGUGGUUGUUUUCCUCGGAAGAAGGGCAGUGGCAGCUUGUCGAGAGGGCAGGAGCUGCAAGACUGAUUCUGGUAGUUCUUAACCGUGGGCACAAAUUUGGUGCAAGCAGUGAAGUGCAGGCUGAGCUCUCCCCGUUGGUGAUAGGAGUGGCACCUGCAGACUGCCGUGAUGGCCAUGUGGCUAUCCCGUACGUGACGACCGAUGAUGGUGUUGGAAGAAGGGUCAUUCUUGAAGAGGUGGGAUCGCCUCUGACAAGUCAAAUGGUCGUGGAAGAAGUAGAGCUUCAGAUGGACUCUGAUGGAACUACAAAGAAGAGACCAACAACAUCAGUCUUCCGGCGUUUGAUCUUCUCACGAAACCCCAAUCUCAUUCAGACAGAAAUGCUUCUUGUUCCCAAGGAACCAUUAUCUGCUGUGCGUGGAGAACAGGGGGGUGAUUCCUCCGCCAUUGUGGAACGGAGUGCAGGUGGAGGGAGAAGAAGAUCUCGAAAAGCAAACACGAAGGCAGAAGGCAAUACUGGCAGUGCGGAGGUGGCCAAGCAGGAGAUGACCAUCGAUCAUAGCUACUUGGCAUGUGAAUAUCAAGAGGCCAUGGUGGCAGGCCUAUCACUGAUCUCAUCCUCCUUACAGAAAGUUGGUAAUGGUGGUAGUCAGGGCCAUGUCUGCAUCAUUGGUCUUGGUGGUGGAGCGCUCCCAAUGUUCAUGCACAAGUAUCUCCCUGUGUCUCUGAAGAUUGUUGAGCUGGAUGCACAAGUCGUCAACGUUGCGAGGAAACAUUUCGGUCUUGUUGAGGACCAGAGAUUGCGGGUUGUUAUUGGAGAUGGCAUUGAAGUUAUUGGCCAAAUGGCAAGAAAAGCAAGUGCAGUCAUGGCAGAACAUCAGCAAGCUGAGCCUUUAGAUGCUUCGGCAGGUAGCUGUGGCCUUUCAGAGGGUGUUGGCCACAAUGCUGAUGACGGUGAUAGUGGAAGCUGCCUCAGUGUGGAAGAGACAGAAGUCGAUGCAAGUAACGGAACUGCUUCAAGCUGUGGUGUGAGUACUGAACGCCAUGAUGACCAUUCCAAGGUGUCUUUUGGGAAGCAAAGGCCAGAAGCACAUGGGGAAAUUGAAGGUCCUGCCUCACUGGAUGUUGUCAUUAUUGAUGCUGACAGCGGUGAUGCAAGUCUGGGAAUGAGCUGUCCACCAGCGGCAUUUGUGCAGGUGGAGUUUCUCAGGAUAUUAAAGGAGGUGCUCGUGGAUGGAGGAUUGCUUAUCAUCAAUGUUGUCUCCAGGGCUGCAGGCCCAUAUACAGAAGCAGUAGAAUCUGUAAAGCAGGUGUUCGAUGAAGUGUACGAGAUAAAGAUGGACACUGAUGUUAACUGCGUUCUCUUUGCGUUGGUGCGAAGGGAUGAAUCUCCAAAGAACAGCAUUUUGAAUGGAGGAGAUUUGAAGGCAGCCGUAGCUACGAUCACUGGCUUCAUCACGCAGAGAGGCACAUGUGCCUUGAUUCCUAAGCUUCCAAAGCUCGUGUCAAGUUUGAGGGCACUUAAGCCAGUGGAUAGGGCAGAGGAAACUGCAGCGGGCAAUGUGGGGGACGUGUCUCAGAGUGGAGUGGGUCCCAAACCUUCCAAUAGAGGGGGCAAGAGCAAGAGAGGAAGCGGUAGGAUCGGGGGACAUAGGUGACUGGCAGAAGAAGAUAGCAGGAGGGGGUUCUGUGAAAGUGGCAUUGUGGGAGUGGUAUGUUUGUACCUGAAUCCAAGCGAAAGGAAUGGGGCAUAGAAGGCUGAGAGAAUGAGGAGAAGAAGGGGCCUGACUGAGCUAGGAGGGAGGUACCUGCACCCGCACAACAGGGGACAUCAGGCAUGUGAAUGAAUGGACCAUGGCCUGGACUCGUGUAUGAUGCUAACAAAUUUUGUUUCUGCAGUUUGGUGUGCCUGGCCGUUUGCGGAUUCGGUGAUGCCUCGUUUGUUCCUGCCUGAGCAACCCCGACAACAUCCGGAAUGGGAUGCAUUCUGCAGGAGAGGUUGAAGAGAGAGAGAGAGAGAGAGAGAGAGAGAGAGAGAGAGAGAGAGAGAGAGAGAGAGAGAGAGAGAGAGAGAGAGAGAGAGAGAGAGANGAGAGAGAGAGAGAGAGAGAGAGAGAGAGAGAGAGAGAGAGAGAGAGAGAGAGAGAGAGAGAGAGAGAGAGAGAGAGAGAGAGGAUGGCACUGCUGACAUAAGUUGAGCUCUUCAGACUAGGGUACAUGUCCGGAUGGGUGCAAUCUAACAAUGCAAUAUGACAAUCUAAGCACCCCUCUUAAAGUUUAUUGGCCGCGGGGAUGUCCACGUGCGCCGAGUCUGUGGGGUCCAUGGCCAUUGGAUUUCAGUAUCAGUGGCCGAAAACAAAAAAAAAAUUGGGCUCAACUUGGCACCGCUUUAGAACAUGUCGUUCUUGCAGUAAGAGAUGGUGCUUCUUUGCGCGAUACGCACCUGUUCUUUUGCCGACGUGUUGUUGGUUACAUUUUUUAGUCCCUCUGACAAUGUCACAGGAAGCGGAGAUGUCCGGUAAGCAAAACAGGAAUGCUGAUCGUGGGAUGGCGGUGUCAGAAGAAGGAGCGUUACAUGUUUUGUUUUCUUUUGUUCAUUUUGCUUUGUCGUCGUUCGGGUGGUCGCUACCCCGUGGUCCGUACAUGGUCAUUUUUUCUCGCGUGUUGGAUUUGAGAGCGGGGUGGGCCGGAAAUCUGACGGCGUGCACGUUUCUUGAUCUCCUGUCCAGUUUGAUUUGUUUGUCCUCUUGUGAGGCGGGGCUGGAAAUAGUGCCUUUGUGUGGGAACCUUCUUUCAUUUUUUUGAAUAUGAAAAUUCAUGCACUAACUGCUAUUUGUGUUUUACUCUUUAUUGGAGCUGUAGGAAAAUC